ACCCGCCCAGCUUCCUUCUUCCAUUGUCCUUCCUUCUGCUUCAUCAUCAGUCGAGUCCUCCUUCGCGGUCCCACCACCCCCCCACAGCAAGCAAAUCGGAUAUCUCAACAUCCCCCCCCCCCCCCCCCCCCCACAGCUAGUAUACCUUGAUACCAGUGUCUCUGCUCGCAGUGCCACUGCAACAAUGGGCGUCCUCUCCGACAUACCCAUCGCACGUCCGACCACCGUCGACGUCGUGACGCUGCUACGCAAUGCUUUCCUCCUCGGUGCAGUCUACCUCGUCACUCUCGUCGUGUAUCGGCUCGUCUUCCACCCGCUCGCAAAGUAUCCGGGCCCUUUCCUCGCAAAGAUCACCGACUGGAACACUGCCUGGCAUGCCUUCAAGGGCGAUCGCUACAUGGAUCUCUACGAGGCGCACCGGAAGUACGGUCCCGUGGUCCGCGUCGCUCCCAACAUGCUCAGCUUCAACACCGCCACGGCCCUCAAGAGCAUCUACGGCCACUCGAACGUCUCGCGCCACAUCCAGAAGGGCCAGUUCUACUCCGCAUACCCCGCCGUCAAGGGCGUGCACAACACCCACAAUGCCAUCUCGAAGCUGGAGCAUGGCUUCAAGCGGCGUGUGCUCUCGGUCGCCUUCAGCGAGGCCGCCUUGAAGAGUAUGGAGGGUGCUGUGAUGGAUGCCGUCGAUACGCUCCUCGAGGGUUUCCGCAGGGAUGGUGCCAAGGGUGUUGAUAUAGGAGAACGCUUCUCGUGGUUUACUUUCGAUGUCAUGGGUGAUCUUUGUUUCGGAAAGUCCUUUGGCAUGUUGAAGGAUGAGACCCAACGCUUCGUGACGGACUUGAUCAGCAAGGCUACGCACAACCAUUACAUCUGCGGAAACUAUCUCCCCAUCAGACGGAUGGGCUUGGGCCGUUUUCUCUUCCCCACCAUUGCUCGUGACCGCUGGCGCUUCAUUGAGCAUUCGCGAGCCUGCGCCAACGAGCGAAUGAAGAUGGACCACUCGGCGAAGAAGGACUUCUUCUACUACCUCCUCAACGCCAAGGACUCCGAGACCGGCAAGGGCUUCUCGACCAAGGAGCUUUGGGGUGAGGCCAAUGUCCUGAUGAUCGCCGGCUCCGACACCACCGCCACCGCGCUCUCGUCGACCGUCUUCCACCUUUGCCGCAACCCCGACAAGCUCGCCAAGCUCCAAGCCGAGAUCCGAUCGACCUUCGCCUCACCCGAGGACAUCGUCACCGGCAAGGAACUGGCCGACUGCCACUACCUCAAGGCGUGCGUCGACGAGGCCAUGCGCGUUUCCCCUCCCGUUCCCGGUCUCCUGCCCAGGGAAGUCAUCUCGGCGUGCAAGAUCGACGGUCUCGACAUCCCCGAGGGCACCGGCGUCGGCGUCCCCAUCUACACCAUCCACCACAACCCGGAAUACUACCCGGAGCCGUUCGAGUACCGUCCCGAGCGCUGGAUGCACGGCGACGAGGAGCAGCUCGAGAUCGCGCGCUCAGCGUUCAAUCCGUUCUCGCUCGGCGCGCGCGGCUGCAUCGGAAAGAGUGUCGCGUACAUGGAGCUGCGACUCGCGAUCGCAAAGCUGGUCUGGAGCUUCGAGAUGAAGCAGAUCGUCACCGAGGGCAAGGCUGAGUGCUGGCGCGAGGGCUUCGCGGCUAGGGAGGGAGAGUAUAGGCUGAUGGAUCACUUUACGAGCAAAAAGGAGGGGCCGAUUGUGGCGAUUACGCCGAGGGAGCGUGCGUAGUGAGUCUUUUUCAUUCUGUUUUCUGGGACAAUUGGGGUUUGGGGGGGUUACAUGGAUGGACUUUUGGGCUUUGAUUAUCAUCUGCAUGUUCUUUUUCUGGUUCUUUUUCUUGUCUUUUCAACGAUAGCAUUUUUAUGAGGAACGUUGGUUGAGUUUUUAUGUAUCUGGGCAGCAAUUUAUAUUCCAUCUUGCACAAUAUCCUGAACUGUGUCUGGCUGAGAUCAACUCAACUCUCGACCCAUGG